AAGUCAAUCGUACUUCCUCCUCGGUGAAGGUUUCUCUUUCCACCCAUCCUUUUGUAUCCUCCACCUGACCACCUCCCAACACUAAAUCACCAUGAAUCGAGGGGGUGAUUCAGCUCGAGGAUUCACAAGAAGACAGGUCUAACAAAUUCUUGAGAUCCAUCGGGAAUUGGGUUUAGGGUUUUGUCCUCACAACAAUGUUGGUUUUUUCUUCUUUGAUCCACCGAUCGUGUUGGGCAUUAUGAGAUAUCAAUGAACUGAUUCAUCAUAAAGUCACCGUCAUUUAUUCUUGAUGUCUUGCUCGAUCUGGGAGUGCUGAAAACGUGCUCUUUGGCACCCGUGUCAGAGGGGAAGAUGCAACCCUCGAUCUCGGUGACGAGAAGGUUCCUCUUCUAUGUUCUGUUUGCGUCGUUGUUCUUGUUGUUGUUUACGUGUUCCGAUCUUUUGAGGCCCCGCAGUAGGCCCCUUGUACCUCAAACAGUGCUUAUGUUCGUUCUUCCUAAUAAGACUUCAGAUGACAGCUUUAGAGCUAGAGAUAGGACCAAGUUUCCCCAUUCCGAUCCAUUUCCCUUUUCUUCCUCAAUCGUCGUCAAUGAUAGACGAGGAAGAUCUGAGAAAGACAUUAGAGAAGCAAGCAGCAAAGGAUGCGACUUGGAUCGGUCUUUACUCAAGGUAUACAUGUAUGAUUUGCCUCCUGAGUUUCAUUUUGGAUCGUUGGGUUGGAAGGGAAAAACAGAUCAGACAUGGCCGGAUAUCGCCGAAAUGGAUCGAAUUCCGACCUACCCUGGUGGAUUAAAUUUGCAGCAUAGUGUAGAAUACUGGCUCACCUUGGAUCUUCUUGCUUCAAAUGUUCCCAUUGUGGCGAGGCCUUGCACAGUGGUCCGUGUGACAAAUUCAAGCUCGGCGGAUGUGUUCUUCGUGCCCUUCUUCUCAUCUUUGAGUUACAACCGGCAUUCGAAGCCACAAGGGAAAGGUAAAGCUAGCAAAAACAGGAUUUUGCAGGAUGAGUUGGUGAGGUACUUAAUGGGCAGAGAGGAGUGGCAUAGAGGUGGUGGGAAGGAUCAUGUUAUUGUAGCUCACCAUCCCAACAGCAUGUUGCAGGCUCGAAGGAAGCUUGGUUCUGCUAUGUUUCUGCUUGCAGAUUUUGGGAGGUACCCAUCGAAGAUAGCCAAUCUCAAGAAGGAUAUCAUUGCUCCUUACAGGCAUGUAGUUCGUUCAGUCGGCAAUGACUCUGCCACCUUCGAUGAGCGUCCGAUAUUAGCAUAUUUCCAGGGAGCCAUCAAUAGGAAGGAUGGCGGUAAAAUUCGUCGAAAGCUCUAUUACCUUCUCAAAGAUGAGAAAGAUGUGCACUUUUCGUAUGGUAGCGUAAGGGAGAAUGGAAUAAGAAGUUCUGGUCAGGGAAUGGCUUCAUCGAAAUUCUGCCUGAAUAUUGCUGGAGACACCCCCUCCUCAAAUCGUCUCUUCGAUGCCAUUGUCAGCCAUUGUGUUCCCAUUGUGAUCAGUGAUGACAUUGAACUCCCGUUCGAAGAUAUCCUAGACUAUUCAGAUUUUUGCAUCUUUGUACGCCCCUCGGAUGCUGUUAAGAAGGGUUUUCUUCUGGAUCUUCUCAGGGGAAUCAAAAGAACAGAAUGGACUAAGAUGUGGGAAAGGUUGAAGCAAAUAGCUCAUCACUUUGAGUAUCAGUACCCAUCAAAGCAGGGGGAUUCUGUUCAGAUGAUCUGGGAAGAAGUUGCUCGCAAAAUCCCAUAUGUUCGUCUGAGCCUUAACAAGGAGAAGAGAUUACACAGAUCACAGUUUGUGAAGCAAAGCAAAUAGGAUAAUACUUUUGAGGACUCUUGUACAUCAGGUUGAAACCUUAGAAAGCUAUUUUCUGGGCACAAGGGAAAUCAAUAUCAUAGAAUUGUGCUUCACUUGUUCAAUAAAGAAUGUACAAGCUUGUUAAUAGUGCAUAUAAUUUUCUGGUAUGUCUAUUAUUUCUAUCC